CAUGACGUCACUUGCUGUUUUGUAACCAUUCAUGGAACGUGAUGUAACUUUCUGAGAGUUAGUGAAUGAACCAGUCAGGAAUCCUGUUUAUCACAGCAAGAAUUAUUCAACAUGAGUCACAAAGCCAUCCACUGGUUCAGAAAGGGGCUGCGCCUGCAUGAUAACCCCGCCCUGCUCGCUGCAAUGAGGGACUGCGCAGAGGUCUACCCCAUAUUUAUUCUUGAUCCAUGGUUCCCCAGGAACAUGCGCAUUAGUGCAAACCGAUGGAGAUUUCUCAUAGAGGCUUUAAAGGACUUGGAUGACAACCUCCGAAAAAUCAAUUCCAGACUUUUCGUGGUGCGUGGGAAGCCCACAGAGGUCUUUCCAGUACUAUUCAAGCAGUGGAAGGUGACACGGUUAACCUUCGAAUUGGACACUGAGCCGUAUUCCAAGUUGCGGGACGCGGAGGUGGAGCGACUGGCAGCUGAGCAUAAUGUGCAGGUCAUUCAGAAGGUUUCCAAUACCUUGUAUGAUAUAGACAGGGUAAUCGCUGAAAACAAUGGGAAGCCUCCUCUGACCUACGUCAGAAUGCAGACUGUGCUGGCCUCCCUCGGCCCCCCAAAGCGCCCUGUCCAGGCACCCACCCUGGAGAACAUGAGAGAUUGCCAGACUCCUUGGAAACCCGCCUAUGAGGAGAGAUAUGGAGUUCCAACAUUGGAGGAGCUUGGACAAGACCCGGAGAAACUCGGGCCCCAUUUGUACCCCGGAGGAGAGAGUGAAGCAUUGUGCCGGCUGGAUAUCCACAUGAAGAGAACGGGGUGGGUAUGUAACUUUAAGAAGCCAGAUACCGAGCCCAACUCUUUAACACCCAGCACCACCGUUCUCAGCCCUUAUAUGAAGUUUGGCUGCCUUUCAACGCGCACGUUCUGGUGGAGGCUGACCGAGAUUUAUCACGGGAAGAAACAUUCGGAUCCACCUGUGUCUCUUCACGGACAGCUGCUCUGGCGUGAGUUUUUCUACACUGCGGGUGUAGGGGUCCCAAACUUCAACAAGAUGGAGGGAAAUCCUGUGUGCGUUCAGGUGGACUGGAGUGACAAUAAGGAGCAUCUUAAAGCCUGGACCGAGGGUAGGACUGGUUAUCCCUUCAUAGACGCCAUUAUGACACAGUUGAGAACAGAAGGGUGGAUUCACCACUUGGCGCGUCAUGCUGUAGCUUGUUUCCUUACUCGGGGAGACCUGUGGAUAUCGUGGGAAGAAGGUCAAAAGGUGUUUGAGGAUCUGUUAUUGGACGCAGACUGGUCUCUGAACGCAGGAAACUGGCAGUGGCUCUCUGCCAGCGCUUUCUUCCACCAAUUCUUCCGCGUGUAUUCCCCAGUGGCAUUUGGGAAGAAGACUGAUAAAAAUGGCGAAUAUAUCAAGAAAUAUCUGCCGUUUCUGAAAAAGUUUCCGGCGGAAUAUAUCUACGAACCGUGGAAAGCUCCGCGCAGUCUGCAGGAGAGGGCGGGAUGUAUCAUCGGCAAAGAUUAUCCAAAGCCAAUUGUGGUUCAUGAGGUGGUGAGCAAACAGAACAUCCAGCGGAUGAAGGCUGCGUACGCAAAACGAGCAGGUGCCAGCUCAGGGGAACCCAAAAAGCAAGGUGAAAGUGAUAAAAAGGGAGGAAAACGCAAAUCAGCUACCGGACAGUCUGUAGCCGAAAUGUUCAUUAAAAAAAACAAAACACAAAAAAUCUGAAAAAGACUGACACUCUGUGAGCAUUGGUGAUAUCAGUUAAAGCACUUUUUUUCAGACUGGUGUCAUUGAGAGACUGAAACCCGAAACGUUGCACCAAAUCGGACCACAAACCACCCUAACCAAGGGGUGGAGACAGCUGCAUUACAGAGUUUACCGGAUUGGAUUAUUAAAGGGCCUUAAGAAAACACACAUCUCAGAAUUAGAAACAAUCCAAAAAACAAAAGCAUUAAAAGGAAAGUUGGCAGGGGUCUAAUGUUCUGAGCAGGCAGUUACUGUAAGGUAUCAAGCCAUUUUUGUUAUAUCAACACGGAGCUUUUUCGAUGCACAGUAUUUGCUUGUGAUUUGAUGGAAUUUCAGGGUUUUGGCAAUGUAAGCGGUUACCGUUUUGAGGUUGUUUCUGUAAACCGGUUUAGGGAGAGAUGCUUUUUAUAGCUAUAUUUAAGAAAGUGCUGGAGGUUAUGUAGGUUAAAGGAUUUACUUUUGUGGGGUUUUUUAAGGUAUAAAUGCUGUGAUAUUUAUAAAAUAUUUUACCAGGAAGGAUACAUUGAGAUUUCUCGCCUUUUUCAAGUAUGUCCUGGGUCCACAAUAUAUUUAAACUGAGCUGGAAAGACAUGCCUGAUUUCUAGGGAGCUUCUCAAAUCACAAUAAGGUCUCCAGGUAGGUUGUAUCCAGUAACAUUCUGAGAAAGUGGAGAUCUAAGUUGGCCAGAGGCCUUGUUUCUGUUCACGUUGUCGCCAUUUGUUUUAUUGUACAGCACUGCAGCACAUGUUGGAGCUAUAUAAAUCUUUCAUGCCUGGGUCUAAAACAAAGCAAAUGUUAAUGUUCCUUUUUAGGUUUGUGUUUUUUCUGGUAUGUUGCGGUGCACUCUGUUGCUUUGGCCAAGCUGUGUUCGCUCACACCAUUUUCCUUAAUAUUAUUGAGCCAUAGACUUGUAUAAUGCAGGGACCCCUGUGUGAAAAUAAAAAAACUGAUCUCUGAGCCAUUCCACACCAUCUUCAAUGGCGGAACAGGAUCAUCAUUUUCAUGAGACCACAGACAAAUGACGAGAAUAGACUGUGCUGCCUACCCCUAGGCUCCCUUUUAACACUAGGAAGUUCCAAUAAAAGCAUGUAGAAAUGU